AUGAGCCGGUGGUGGCCGUUUAACAGGAGCCAGGAGGCAUCAGACAAUGACAAUGGCUCGCAGGCGGGUGCUGGCUCGGCCUCGGCUCGCAGCUGGCGCAGCUGGCUUCCGACCGCUGCAGGUGCCCCGGAGGUCGAGUCACAGCCCAGCGGCGUUAGCCUGCCAUCGCUGCGGUCAAUAGGAGGCAUAAGCAUGAAUGAGGCCGAGGAGGCGCUCACAGCAAACUCCGAUGUUAUGUGCCCGCAUAUGACAAUCAAGCAGCGGAUCAUUGGCUGGCUCUCAUGCCUGGCACUUGGCUUGCUCUUGGAGUUUAGCGGCAUGGGCCGGGGGGUUCACGCGGUGGUGGGCGGCGAGAAAGCGGCAGAGCGAUUUGCCAUCUUGUACAGCGUGGGAAACUUGAUCGCUUUGAUUGGAACCUUCUUCCUUGCAGGGCCCAUGAGGCUGCAGAGAUCCGCAGAGUGCAGAACCCAAGUGCCAGAGUUUUCCUUGAGGGAUGGGAAGUGCAGGCAACUUCGCCGCAUGGGCAGGGAGCACCGAUGGGUGGUGUCCCUUUGCUUUCUGGUGUCCAUGGUGUUGACGUUGGUCGUGGCCCGGCUGAGUCUUUUUUGGCUUGGAGAGGCCUGGGGCGAGGCACCAGAGCUGUUCGGGGAAUGUAACUCAGGCUCCAAAGUUCAAACUGUGAAGCUCCGGGCAGCACUGAGGUUUGGUACACGUGCCCUGGCUGCAACAUGCAAGGUAAGAUGUGCUGACAAGACAAUCGACUGUCGAAUGCCGACUAUCGACAUGCCAGUCGAGACACUUUGCAAGUCGCCAUGCGAGAGAGGCUUUCCUACAUCCCGUUGGGACGUCGCACGGCGCUGGCAGCCCUGCGUGGUUGCUGGAGCCGCUGCCUUGGGGAGUGAGGAGAACCGGAGAUGGGUCUCUGUGGAGUGGCUUCCAGGCCUCAACGCAUCCUGCAAAUUCCUGCAGUUUGCAGGGAAUGUGGAUGUGCUCGGGCACACCUUCAAACGGGCGGUUCAGGAAUCUCGCGAGGAGGCCUUGGACAAGCAGGAGGCGAAGCUCUCCCUUUUCUGCUUUGCCUGGACUCCUCGUCGCGAGUAUGAUGAGAAGAUGUUGGUUGAGACCCGGAAGCAGUAUCGAAAGUGCGACGGGCACAUCUUCUACACGGACCAUGCUGCUCCUGGUCCGCAGAAGGAAGCCGACUUCAUGAGGGUCGUGGUGCCUCCGCAGAGCGUGGGCCGUGACGAUGACAACUGGCUUUACCACAGGAACAUGGUCGGCCUCAUGCCAUCGUGGAACCACCUCAUUCACUCCAACUUCGUGCAAGAGCACGACUGGUUCAUCAACUCGGAGUUGGACCACUUCCUCAGCCCCGCCCGAGCCAGAGAGACCAUUGCCGAGUACCUCAAAGGACUCCGCGAGGGCUCUCCUCAAGACCAGGCAGGAGCCUUUUUGCUUUGCCUUUUUCCCAGCUUUUGGAGCACGGGGGCACAUCCGAGAAGUCCUGUCAUAGCCUUCCUGGCUUUUCGUCUGAGAAGCUUGUCUUCGAAGGCAACCCUGGAUGGGCCCAUCAUGCUCAUGUGGGGAAAUGCUUUUGUCAGCAUCCCCAGUUCCGAGCCUGCGCCCGCUGCCGUCGGUCAUUCCUUCAUCCUUCCACAUGCCAGUCACGCCUUCCAUGAGGUCUUUAACAGAAAGUUCCUCCUAGUCGUGAAGCAGCACUGGGGGAAGAUAGGCCGAGUCGGCUCAAGUGUCUUGAACAACAGUGACGUUUGUCAGAAGCACUCUGCGCGUGACGCACCGCCCGACCAGGAGGCCCUGGUGACGAGGCAGCAGCUGUUGGCUGUCCAAUGCUCGCAGCUCAGGUUCAUGGACGACACGUCGGAAUGGCCUCGCAGUUGCUCCCAGGAUGUUGUGUAUCCACACCUUGCAGCGGCCAUUUUGCCCAAGCAGCUGGGCGUGACUGUGGCGAACCCUGGAUCUGCGGGCUGCGGCGCGGGUUCGGUGAAUGGCAAGCACAAGGCAUAUCCUUUGGGCUGCUGGGAGCUGCAUCUCAACCCCAUCAGUGGAGGGAAGGAGGGAGCUCUGAAAGCCAUCAAGGAGUUGGCGGAGAUGCGUCGCUUCAAGGAUCCCAAGCAGGCUACAGCGUACUGUCAAAGACACCAGCUGGAUGCCGUGCGGAACAACUGCAUGCGCUUUUGGGAUGGCAGGAACGUGCCGCUCAUCCACCACCUGCACACUGUGUCUGAGCAGCAGUUGGCCCGGCAACUACUGGACAAUGACUCGUCUCCCUGA